UAUUCAAAACAACAAACCGCUUCUUUGUUAGCUCCCCAAACCGAGACUCCAAGAGCGCGCUGCGGCGUCGCUGGCCAGAUCUCCGCUCAGGCAAGGAGGUCUUUUGAAGGUGGUAUAGAGUGGCGGAGAUGGCGGAGAAGCAGGGUUUGAGCUUCAAUAAGAGACGGGUUAAAGGCAGCGACAAGGUCGGUGAGCCGAAGGACCUUAAACUGAAGUCGAGGAAAUUGAAUCCCGUGAACACUACUUGUUACGUUCAGAUUUUAGGUACUGGGAUGGAUACACAAGAUACUUCGCCUUCGGUUUUGCUGUUCUUUGACAAUCAGAGGUUUAUAUUUAAUGCUGGUGAGGGAUUGCAACGCUUUUGCACUGAGCACAAGAUUAAGUUAUCUAAGAUUGAUCACAUAUUUCUUACUCGGGUUUCCUCGGAAACUGCUGGUGGACUUCCAGGUCUGCUGCUUACUUUAGCAGGUAUGGGGCAGGAUGGAAUGUCUGUUAAUAUAUGGGGCCCAUCGGAUCUCAACUAUUUGCUUGAUGCAAUGAAAUCAUUCAUUCCUAAUGCGGCUAUGGUUCACACACACUGCUUUGGUGAAUCAAUAGAUGGUGAAAAUUCUAUGCUUUUUGGUCCACAAGUGAAUGAGUCAAUAGACCCUAUAGUUCUCAUUGAUGAUGAAGUGGUCCGGAUAUCCUCAAUUUCCUUGAGGCCCAUCAAUAAUAUGGAGUUGGCAGAUGCCAUAUGUCACUCUAAUGCAUCUGCAAAAGAAUCUUCUGUAAAGCCUGGUGAUAUUGCUGUUAUUUAUGCUUGUGAAUUACCUGAAAUCAAGGGGAAGUUUGACCCAGCUAAAGCUGCGGCCCUUGGACUAAGACCUGGACCAAAGUACCGGGAACUGCAACUGGGGAAUUCUGUGUUAUCUGACCAUCUUGACAUCAUGGUUCAUCCUGGUGAUGUUCUUGGUUCUUCAUCCCCUGGGCCAAUUGUCCUAAUUAUUGACUGUCCUACUACAUUUCAUAUUCCGGAUUUGUUGUCUAAACAAUCUCUUAACUGCUACUAUGUUGAUUCUGGUGAUAUUGCUCAGGAGAAUAUUAAAUCCGUGAGUUGUAUAGUUCACAUGGGUCCUGCUUCUGUAACAAAGAGAGCGGAGUACCAGAAAUGGAUGAAAAAGUUUGGCAGCACCCAGCACAUCAUGGCAGGACAUGAAAUGAAAAACAUGGAAGUCCCUAUUCUAAAAUCUAGUGCAAGAAUUACAUCAAGACUCAAAUAUUUGUGCCCUCAGCUUUUCCCUGCUCUAGGAUUAAGAUCUGUUAAUCAAACAAACGGUCUAUGUUUGACUUCUGAUGGUUCAUGUGAGGACUCUUCUUCAAUUCACUGUGAAAGCAUUCCUGCUGAAAACCUUCUCAAGUUUCAUUUGCGCCCCUAUUCUCAGAUGGGGUUGGACAGAUCUGCUAUCCCUAGCCCGCUUAAUACUAUGGAGGUUGUAAAUGAGCUUAUUUCAGAAAUUCCGGAGAUAGUAGAUGCUUCCACAGAAAUCAGUCAGUUUUGGGAGGGAAAUCAUUUGAUUUGUCUAGAUGAUUCUGUAGAUUUGAUUGAAGAACUAUUGAUAAAUAAAAAGUCAUCUGUUCUUAGAUCAAAUGCCAGUGGACAAGUGGCAGCGGCAUGUAUGAGUGACCUUUCCUGUCCUGAUCCAAGGCAGAACAAUAUAAAAAAUCAUUCUGAUAUUCCUACUUGCUUGAGGAACAUAUCAAGGGAUGAUAUGGAGAUCAUUUUUCUGGGAACAGGUUCAUCACAGCCUUCCAAAUACCGCAAUGUCAGUUCAGUUUUUGUCAAUCUUUUCUCAAGAGGGAAUUUACUUCUAGAUUGUGGUGAAGGAACUUUGGGGCAGCUCAAAAGAAGGUUUGGUGUAAGUGGUGCUGAUGAUGCUGUGAAGAAUUUGAAGUUUAUAUGGAUAUCCCACAUUCAUGCAGACCACCAUGCUGGUCUGGUUAGAAUACUUGCUCUCAGAUUUCAAUUGCUGAAAGGUGUACCUCAUGAGCCCUUGCUUGUAAUUGGGCCAAGGCAGCUGCAAAAGUUUCUGAAUGCUUAUUCUCGACUUGAAUAUCUGGAUAUGCAGUUCUUGGAUUGUAGGCAUACUUCAGAAGAAACAAUCAACUCUUUUCUGCAUGGUCAAAGUUUAGGUGAAAGCUUCUAUUCUGAGCACACAAACAAGAAGGAUGAUAUCUCUGCAAACCAACACUUUGAUCAGUGCAACAUAAUUCAAAAUGCUCUGGACAUACCUGGAAGCGAUGUGGUUGAUACCAGCACGGUUCUGCCUGUCUUAAUGAAACUGAAGGCAGUACUAUCUGAAGCAGGUUUGGAAGUGUUGUACAGUGUCCCUGUUGUGCAUUGUCCGCAGGCAUUUGGUCUUGUUUUAAAAGCUUGUGGGAGAAAAGAUGGUGUCGGAAAAUUUAUACCAGGUUGGAAACUUGUUUAUUCUGGUGAUACCAGGCCUUGCCAAGCGUUGAUUGAUGCAUCUUGUGAUGCAACAGUUCUUAUACAUGAGGCAACAUUUGAGGACAGCUUACAAGAUGAAGCAAUUGUGAGAAACCAUAGUACGACGACAGAAGCCAUCGGAGUUGGUACAAUGGCCGGAGCAUACCGAAUUAUCCUCACACAUUUUAGUCAAAGGUAUCCAAAAAUCCCGGUCUUGGACGUGGCUCACACGCACAACACUUGCAUUGCCUUCGACCUAAUGAGCAUCAAUCUCGCGGACUUGCCUAUGCUGCCAAAGGUCCUUCCUUACCUUAAAGUCAUGUUCAGGGACCAAAUGGGACUAGAAGAAUCAGAGGAAAUUCUUGAUGGUGUUCUUUAGUAAUCUCAUUUUCUUCAUCAUGUGGUAUUUUUUUUUAAAAAAUUGUAAUUAUUGAUUUUUGUUGUCAAAAUGAUUUGGAUAGUGUCUGCCUCAAUGUUUUUAAAACCGGACCAGAUAGUGAACCGAUCUCAUUUUUGGGUCACGGAUCAGUCGGUCUGAUUGGAUGACCCAUUCAAGUCGGGCUGGAUGACAUUAUUAAUAAAUAAUAUAUAUAUAUAUAUAUAAUAACAAAUUUUAUUA